UCCGGAACCUCUUCCAGCGCCCCGCCCGGGCGCCUAGCUGCGAGAGUAGAGGCCUUCCGCCACACGCGCGGCCCCGCCCCGGCUUCCACGUGACGUGGCGUGCGGAGCGCGCACGCGGGGACUCGCGCUGGAGGCGGGCUAGGGCCGAGGGGCAACCAGAGAUCGGUGGGUUGGGGAGGGCGGGGCCACGCCAUAGGCCCGCCCCUGUCCUCAGCUGCCUCCGCGCGCCAAAGUCAAACCCCGACACCUGCCGGCGGGCGGGUGAACUCACUAGCGGACCGGGCAGGUCAGGAUCUGCCUCGGCUGCGCCGCGAGCUCCAGUGCGCGCACCUGUGGUCGCCUCCUAGCCCUCUCUGCUGGACGCGCUUUGGGCCGCCACAAGACUAAGGAAUGGCCACCCCGCCCAAGAGAAGUUGCCCUUCUCUCUCAGCCAGCUCUGAGGGGACCCGCAUCAAGAAAAUCUCCAUCGAAGGGAACAUCGCUGCAGGGAAGUCAACAUUUGUGAAUAUCCUUAAACAAGUGUGUGAAGAUUGGGAAGUGGUUCCUGAACCUGUUGCCAGAUGGUGCAAUGUUCAAAGUACUCAAGAUGAAUUUGAGGAACUUACAACGUCUCAGAAAAAUGGUGGGAAUGUUCUUCAGAUGAUGUAUGAGAAACCUGAACGAUGGUCUUUUACCUUCCAAACAUAUGCCUGUCUCAGUCGAAUAAGAGCUCAGCUUGCCUCUCUCAAUGGCAAGCUCAAAGAUGCAGAGAAACCUGUAUUACUUUUUGAACGAUCUGUGUAUAGUGACAGGUAUAUUUUUGCAUCUAAUUUGUAUGAAUCUGAAUGCAUGAAUGAAACAGAGUGGACAAUUUAUCAAGACUGGCAUGACUGGAUGAAUAACCAGUUUGGCCAAAGCCUUGAAUUGGAUGGAAUCAUUUAUCUUCGAGCCACUCCAGAGAAAUGCUUACAUAGAAUAUAUUUACGGGGAAGAAAUGAAGAGCAAGGCAUUCCUCUUGAAUAUUUAGAGAAGCUUCAUUAUAAACACGAAAGCUGGCUCCUGCAUAGGACACUGAAAACCGACUUCGAUUAUCUUCAAGAGGUGCCUAUCUUAAUACUGGAUGUUAAUGAAGACUUUAAAGACAAACAUGAAAGUCUGGUUGAAAAGGUCAAAGAAUUUUUGAGUACUUUGUGAUCUUGCUGAAGACUACAGGCAGCCAAAUGGUUUCAGAUACUUCAGCUUUGUGUAUCUUCGUAGCUUCAUAUUAACACAGGUUUCUUUAGAAAACCCAAGUUUUUAACCAUUUUUGUUCUAAGGAAAAAAAAGAUUUUUAAAUGAAUCUUAUGUGAAACUUUUUGACCAGUUUUCUUUUCUUUUCUUCUUUUCUUUUCUUUUUUUUAAAAAAAGACAUUUAAAGACAAAGACAUUAUUUCUCAUAGCAGGAAGUGUAGAGGUAGAUAGUUCCAGAAUCAGUAUAGUGGCUAAACUACAUUAGAAAAGAUCCAGCUUCCGUCUUUCCCCUCUUUUGUCUUCCUCAGCAGGUUGGCUUUUUCCCCUGGUGCCUCUCACCUCAUUGGUGACCAGUUUCUGAACUGAAAGCUUUAAUGUUAUGUAGUAAAUGGUAGUGUGUCCUGUGUAAAUUAGUGUAUCUAUUAAAAGUUGCAAAGUAGAAUUAAAGGAAUUCCUAGAAUAAGGAUUCUAAAGUUUUAUUUUAAAUGAGUAUCUUCUUAACAGUUUAGUCCUACCUCUUACUUCCUGCCUCAGUCUGCUUUCUCUACUGUCUGGAUUAGUUAGGCAGCCUGCUGUAAAGUUAAAGUCACACAUUUAUAUUUUGCAAACAUUGUGAUUACUCUUUGCUUUGUACUUUGCUUUGCUUUGUAGGCUUCUGCUUUAGGUUUUUCUCUUUUUCAGACAAAUUACUGAUAAAAAUGAUAUUGCUCUAUAUGUGAUAUAUCCUGAAAGCAUUAUUUUUUUGUUGAAUAUCAGAAAAUAAAAUUAAUGAAGACAGAGGCUAGAAAGCAUCCAUUAGUUAAUGAGACACACUUUACUUAUCUCUAAACCAUCUAUGUGAAUAUUUGUAAAAAUAAUGCGUGGAUUCAUCUUAGUUCUGUAUAUAAAUAUAUUUUCUUUCUAGUUUGUUUAGUUAAGGUAUGCAGUGUUUUUCCUGUGUAUUGAACCUUUCCAUUUUACAUUUUAGAAAAUUUUAUGUAUUUUAAAAUUAGGGGAGGAGUCACUUUCUUAUUCGAAGAUGAUAAUUUAGUGGAUUAACCAGUCCAGAUGCACUGAUCUUUGCAAAGGGGACUUAAUUUCCAAUCUGUAAUUACCAUACAUAAAUUGUCUCAUUAUACGUAUACUUUUUUUUGGUUUGUUUUGGUUUGGUAUAAAUGAAUUCGUUUACUUAAUUAAAUAUUUCUUAAUAAGUAUAAACCUCAUGAACUACAGCAGAGCUACACUCAUUGAAAUGUAAUUUCAAUUCUAAAAAGAUGUAAUAAUCUUUUUAGAGUUAAAAUUUAUUCUACUUUUAAGUAAAAAAUUAUGAAUAUUAAAGGUGAAAAUUAUAUAAAUUACUUUGAUUCCCUUUUAAGUGGAGACAUAUUUCAGUAAUUUUUAGUAACCUCUAAAAAUGUAUAAUGACUUUUAAAACUUGUAGAAUUGAAAAGAUGCUAAUAAAAAUUUAUUAUUUAUUUGUCAUGACUCAAAA